ACUGGUCGGAGUCCUCUGUUUUUAGGGAUUUGGGAUUUCUUUUAACGGUCUCUUGAUUUCACAGGGCUGUGACAUUGGGCGAGCUUCCGGGGCAGAGCCUCACGCGUAUCAACUCGGCGAUGAAGCGGAUCGAUCUGGUUUGCAAGAUGCUGGCUCCCGCAUUCGUGGGGAUCUGGCUGAGCAGCUUCUCGGCGAUUCCUUGCUUGAUCGCCACUGUCGCGUGGAAUGGUUUGAGCCUCGCUCUGGAGUAUCGGCUUUUGUCUACCGUCUUCCACCGCGCCCCUGCGCUCCAGAAGCUCUCCAGAUCCAAGAAAUGUCAGGAUAAACUUGAUCCUAGAGCUCUAACCGGAGUCACGCAACUCGUCAAGGGAGCUUGUAUUGCGAUGAUCGAUGGAUGGGCGAGCUACUUCAGACAAGAAGUGGUGCUAGCAGCGGUGGCAUUGGCAGUCCUCCACUGCACAGUUCUAAGCUUUGGAUUUGUGAUGACUGCCGCAUUGGCAUGGAAGGGAGUGCCAGCGCACAUAAUUGGUGUUGCAAGAGGCCUUGGAGCAUUCUUAGGAGUGGCAGCAACAUAUAUGUAUCCAGUUCUCCAGUCCAGGGAAGGAACCGGCAAAGCAGGCCUCUGGGCCAUCUCGACUCAAUGGCUGUGCUUGAUGGUGAGCGUGGCCUCGGUUUGGAUCCACAAGACCAGCGUCGCGGCAUCACUUCUUAUCUCUGGAAUCGUAGCUUCUCGACUGGGCCUGUGGAUGUUUGAUCUGGCCGUGACCCAGCUCAUGCAGUCCACAGUCGAAGAACAAGAGAGAGGAAGAAUUGGUGGCGUGCAAAGCGCCUUGCAAUCGCUGAUGACCCUCCUAUCCUUCGUUAUAACUAUUCUAGCACCAGAUCCAAAGGAGUUCGGAAGGCUUGUGAUCAUCUCCUACGUCAUCGUUACAAUUGCAGCCUUGCUCUUUUCAUCAUACUUCUACAGAUCUAGCUUACAAAAAUCGUGAGAGUACUGUCUGCCCAGCUCGCCAA